AUGAAUAUGAGUAUCAAGCUUUUACGUCUUUCUUUGGUGACUGAGGUUGUGGGUCUGGAAGAGGGUAGACUAGCAAUUGGAAACGCCUUGUGUGAGGCCAGAUGGUUUUCAUGGAAAAAGGCAGAAUAUCAGAUGAUACCUGUGAUCACAUACAAAUCCAUCACAAACCAAAGAACCCCCGCAUUUCUAUUCAUGACCAAGUAG